AUGACUGCCAAGACAACGUCAUCUCAAGGAUACCAAGCACCCGUCAGUUCCGACACGGGUGCGGAAGCGACAGAUCGUAACACUUCCAUUGCUUGCCUUAAUCUACGACGUGAAUGUUGGAAUCCACUGAGUACCGUUGUCAGACUACGCGAGGGAACGAGAACUAGAUCCAAAGAGAUGUGGGAAAGAAGUGAUUCAUAUACGGCUAAACUGGUCUACUCACCUAUUGAUGCUCAGCUGGAUCCAAUGAGAUGUGGGAAGGAAGUGAUGGGAAAAGCUACAAGUCUAGCUAACACGGCCAAGCUAUAUGCUGAAGAAAACGCCAAGACAAUUUUAUUCAACCAAUCCCGACACUCCGUCAAUUCCGACACGGAGUCGGGGCUUGCGGUAGUUUUCCUCAGUGAACACUCAUCUUCCGUUACGACCCGUACCCGAAGAUCUGGGACCGGAAACGGCGUGGACGGCGUGAGAGCUUCGGCGAAGGGGGAUGAGGAGGACUAUGAGGUAUCUCCUGGCUUUAACGAUGUGCAAGGCAAGAGAUUAGAUAUUCUAAGAGAAGAAGCAAUCCAAAUUGAAACAUCCCGCCUUUUCUACACGCCCUGGGGCAACCUCACUGCCAUUGUAUAUCGCGCGUCACGUCGGCGAGUACCUUGCCGAACUAAAGCAGUCGGCAUCAACGUCAAGGAGCAGCGGUGGACGAUGCUGGAAUCACUGAGUAGGAUAAAGAAGGAGGAGGAGGGAUUGCGUGUCGUUGGCAGGUACGUCAAUGUUCUUAUGCAGCAAAUGCAUAAAGGCAUUGGAUAUUCCGGGGGCGUGGGAAAGCUUUUCCCAUCACUUCUUUCCCACAUCUCAUUGGAUCCAGCUGAGCGUCAAUAG